UUGAGACCCUGAAUUGGUUCGAUAGAAAAUGGAUGGAACUCUAACUGCCUAAGCGCCUGAAGAUAUUGUCCUGUACUAUGCACAGGUAUCCCUCUUUUCAAUCACGAUAACUGCCGUAAAAAAGUUUUGUGUGGAAAGAACAGACAAUUUCAACAAUUUCCUUCACGACAGGGUCAGGGCGCGGCAUGUGAAAAUGGAAAAAAAGAUAACUCAGCAUUAAACGACCUUCAUGGGUGCCUGCACUUUCAGAACGUCAUUGUUUGUCAAAAAGCUGCUUCUCAAAGAUUUCCACCUUGUGUCCACUUAAACAUAAACAUUUGUACGUCAGACGUGAUGGGGCAGUUAUUUUGGCUGGAUUCAAAACCAAGCCUUCACAUUGGAAUUAGACUUCACCCUGUUUCUGUUGCUGCGAAUAUAACCGCGCUCUCUCAGUUUUCCAUUCCACUGACUGCAAGGAGGUCAGAGGUCAGAAUGGAGACAUACGCAACUACCCAGCAGCCUCUGACAGCUGUCACAUCAGACAUAAGCCCAGCCUGGUCAGGCCAAUGGAGCACUGGACUAUGUGACUGCUGUGAAGACAUGGGUGUCUGCUGUUGUGCCUUCUGGUGUUUUCCCUGCUUUGCCUGCAAGACCACCAGUGAAUUUGGGGAGUGCCUGUGUCUGCCAGUCCUGGAUGGCAUAGGCUGUGUGCCACCUGUCUCCCUGGCCAUGCGUGCUGCUGUUCGAGAGCGCUAUGGCAUCCAGGGAAAUAUCUACAGCGACUGCUUCUAUGGCUGCUGCUGCUACCCCUUAUCCUGGUGUCAGAUCUCCCGGGAAAUCAAGAGACGCAACCAGUCGCUGACCUUCACCAACUCCCAUGCCUCCACCCUCACCGCGGGCUUCCUCCCGCUCUCCAACGAAAAGAGCGAGCACCUCUCUUAAUCCAUCCAACAGUAGCCCUUCACUUCUCCACUCCAGCCCCACAGCUUCACACACCCGGAAGACAGAUGCACACAGCCUAUUGUUCUCUCUGGGGAAAAGGAGAGCUGCAGGAAAACGCUAUGGAAAAAGACACUUCUGUAAAUGAUACAAGAAGAUGAAUCUUUUAUGUACAGUAUCUAAAAAUGUUUCUCCACUUUAUAUGGAAUAUAGCACACCCUGUAUACCGAUAGCGUAUGGCUAGGAUUGCUCUUAGGGUAGAGGAAUUCAAUUAAGUUCAAGCUUCUUUAUCCUUUGGGGAAAUUUGUUUGACAAAAAAAUCCAGUACAACAAUACAACAAGGAAGAUGAAAAUUACCAACAGAGAAGACAGUACAGUAGUAUUACAGGAGAUAAGGCCGUUAUUUUACAGAGUUUUGAGGGUGAUAUUGCAUGGGAGGAUGAAUGACUUCUUAAGUCUGUGGGACACAGAGAUGUCCCCCAGAUGGGAGCAGUGAAAAUUCGCAAUAGCUCGCAAUUCUCUUGCCCGUCUUGACAAUCCACUGUUUACUGAGGAUACUUAAGCUGAUUUGAUUUUCCUGAAUUAGUUUGCUAUUUAUUUUCACUAAUUUUCAUCACCUAUUACAAUUACUGAUGUUGUCAAGCCAACAAGGGAGACAGUAUUUUCAGACACUUUCAAUAAAAAAGUAAUUGAAAUGGCUUUCCAUUUAAUUCAUGGAGCAGGUCUUAAACAACAGUUGUGCUGUCAUUGUCAUGAUUUGUGUAGAGCUAUGUACAGUAUAUUCUUAAUUGGCUACAAAUUUUCGGUAGUCACAUUCUUUGUGGAUCACAAUAGAAUUUAGGCAAAUAAAGUAGCCUUAAAUGUCUGUUUUAUUGGAUAUGAAAUGAAAACUGUUAGUGUGCUUUACUCCACUUAAUCUGUAGUGUAUCGUAUGUGGCAGAUGUGUUUCUUUGUGUUGACAUGUGGAGGUAAAGUCUUCUUGAUUACA